CCCCAUCCAAUUCCAAAGCCCCUCGCCUCGCCAUUUCACCUUCACCUCCGCUUCCCUCCGCCCCUCCCCUUCGCGGUCAACCAAGCAACCGCCUCUUCCCUCGCCGGCCAUGGCCACCGCAGCGCGCGCCGUCGUCGCCGCCCGCCCUGCGCGGCCGCUCCUCCCGUCUUGGCGCCUCCUGUCCUUCUCCUCCGUCCGCGCCCCGUGGCAGCGCGGCGGCGUCGGGUCCGUCCGCUGCAUGGCGCGGCGGCCGGACUCCUCCUACUCGCCGCUGCGGUCGGGGCAGGGAGGUGACCGCGCGCCCACGGAGAUGGCGCCGCUGUUCCCCGGGUGCGACUACGAGCACUGGCUCAUCGUCAUGGACAAGCCCGGCGGGGAGGGCGCCACCAAGCAGCAGAUGAUCGAUUGCUACAUCCAGACCUUGGCCCAGGUCGUGGGGAGCGAGGAGGAGGCGAAGAAGAGGAUAUACAACGUGUCCUGCGAGCGCUAUUUCGGAUUCGGAUGCGAGAUUGAUGAGGAAACAUCCAACAAGCUUGAAGGUCUUCCAGGUGUUCUUUUUGUGCUUCCUGACUCUUAUGUUGAUGCCGAGAACAAGGAUUAUGGUGCGGAGUUAUUUGUGAAUGGGGAAAUUGUUCAGCGAUCACCAGAAAGGCAGAGAAGGGUGGAGCCAGUACCUCAGAGAGCCCAAGAUAGGCCCAGGUACAGUGACCGGACUCGCUAUGUGAAGCGCAGGGAGAACCAGUCUUACCAGCGAUGAUGUUGCCAUCUUUGGAGAUAGAAGAUGCCGUCAUUUCCACAAAGUGUCUAAAUGCAAUGCUGAAGGAACCGGAGUUACUCCCACAAGGCCACAACCCACAUGACAAUUUACAAUUGCUCCAUUGUAUUGGCUGGGCCUGUAACCUCGCAUGCUUAUGCAUUUGGACCUGUAUCUGUUGUCUACACGAAGUUGUUAUGAACUCGUGAAUGUUUUUAACCUAAACCUCCGUCUAUCUGCCUCCUAGUGACCCUCCCUUUUGUGCACUUGUACCCCGAGUCUGUAUGGCAAUUAUUUUGGUAAUGAUCAGAUAUUCAGAUCAUCAGAUGA